CCGCAGGAUGUCCGGCGCGGCCCCUUCCUCUGUGUUCCCGGGCAGCGCGGACAACGGGACGUUCCUCCAGCUCUUCCCCACGUCCCUGUCCACCUCGGUGGACCCGACGCCCGGCCGCCUGUCCAGUGUCUAUGUCUACGUGUCCAUGUUCCUCAGCCUCUUAGCCUUUCUGCUCCUGCUCCUGGUCGUCGCCCUCCAGAGGCUCAAGAACGCCAUCUCCUCCGGCUCCUCCCGCCCCGAGUGCCCCAGCGACGCCGGCAGCUCCCUCGCCAACCUGGAGGUCUGCAGCAUCUCCUCCCAGAGGUCCACGUUCUCCAACCUCUCCUCCUGACCAGCACGCACGGCCCAGUCACGGUUGUCCCUGAUGGGGGGGGUCGCCUCAGGACAGAAAGGACCCUUUCUUGUCAACCAGGCAGAUCUGUUUCUGCUCCUCCCCCCACUCCUGUCCCCACUCACAAUCCCUGUCCUUUGUGAUUGGAGACACUAAGGCUGACACAUGGGCGCAAGCCACUGAGGGAUAGAGUCCCACACAAAGCCCCAGAUGGAUCCUGAGUGCGCUUCUGGGAGGUCAAGUUCAUGCCCCUCUGCUGGACACCUGACGCGGAAGUCCCCCGGGGGGCCUCGCGGGGUGGUGGGUGUGGGACCUGCCUUUCGUUCUCAUACACGACUAGGAAGUCCACUGAGCCCGCAGGACCAGACACAGUGGAGCCCGAAUUAAUGACAAGAUAGUUUCCAUAUUUAAGAAGUAAAGGAAAAAACACCAAAUGUUUUUUUAAAAAAUCAGUGUAGAUUUCAUGCAUCACGUUUCUAAAACUGGAGGCAAAGCUCCGCUGAAUGUUCUUGUGAAUGUCACGGUAGCAGGUGAGAAUGGCAUUCACCGGCGGAGGAGGUCGUGCUGGGAAGGUUUUCGGAGGAGCUGGGCUCUCGCCGCCAGGCCAUGGGCCACGGUGCGGUCCGUGAUGUCCGAGCGCAUCCCCCCUUCUGGUUGUCCCUUCCCUUACAGCCCCAACGCUGCGCAGCCUGGGCUCUUCCCGAAACUGCUGCCCCCACCGCUGAGACAGGCACCAAGAGCCAAACCAAGAAGCUGCAAUUUCAAACCUGGGCCACCGGUCAGCAGGAGCUAAGCCUGUGGACGACGGUCACUGGGCGGCGCUUUUACGCAGUAAUAACUCCCGGCAGUGACGUGCGCCCCUGCACCCAGCUUCCUAGUCUGUGUCCUUUCAGCGCAGAGUCACACGACGGCUCCAAGGUGUUGGGUGGUGGUUCAUUCUCAUCAGGGGACUAAGCCCAGCCAUGACAUCACCAGCGCACCUGGCAUUGUGGACACCCCGCAACUGUCACGUGUCUCUGGGGAUCAGCUGUGUGCUGGCGAGAUGCUCCGCUGUGGGGUUCCAGGAGGUGGGUGUGCGGUAAACGUCACAGAGACCCAAGCUGCACGGCCACCGCUGGACACUGAGGGCCCCAGCUCCCCCCCCCCCACGCUGCAGGCAGCCCCGCGGGUCCGAGCGCAGGGCUUGUCCUUGAACCUGGGCGAGCUCGAGGGCGCAGACAAGGAAGGUGGAGGGACCAAGCUGCCCCGAAAAGCAAAGCAAACAAAUGGCAGCUUCUCCAGAUUGAGCAGUUCAAUUCAAUUUUAAAAGGAAAUGGCCCACAGUGAAAACGCGCAGCUCGUCCAGCCUGCGGAGCCCACUGCCCGCCCCCGUGAGGCCUGUCUUCCCCAGACAGCCGGAGGAUCGCUCCUGUUUGGACUGUUUGCCGGUCUCAAGAGGUGUCACCACGACAGACCUCGUGGAUCGACGGUGCAGCCACACGACCCAGCGCCUGGGAAGGGAUCGAGGAUGCAGUGCUUCCCUGGCAUGUGCUCGUCGUUCUGGAGCGAGGACGGUGAUGGAGAUUGGGUUUCUCUUCCUUAACCCUCGGCUCCACUGCAGACAGGCCACGUGCAGCUAUUCCUGCCCCAGAAAGGCCCCCCACACCGUGGGCCCCACGGACAGUCGCCGCCCUAAAGUGGGCAGAGUAUGCCCGUUCGGCCAUUUGAAGGUGUUGGAGCGCCACCCAAUGCCGGACUGGGGGUCCCCGGGCGGGGGGGUCACCAUCCGUGCUGUCGGCACCCGCAGGUGCAGCACCUUCUCAGAACAGGAGCCCACGUCCCUCACUCCCCACUAGAAGCCAGGUGACAGCCACGCAGGGUCGCAGAGGCAUCCAUGGGAUCACUUCUGCUCUUUGAUCGAUCUUGUGCUGUUCUGGUCACCGGGGAAGAACGGCCCGAGAUGAAGUGCUUUUUAAAGAUAAAGGGACAAGCUUGCCACAGGACAGCACAAUCAGAGUACGAUCAGUUCUGAGGGCUAACUUCACUCUGGAAUUGACAUCAAGGUUUCUGACAAUAGAAUUACUUUUAAACUCAAGUUUAAGCAGAGAGAUUGGGGGCCACAGUCGGAGAGGUCAGCGAGGGCCUGUGGUUUGGGGCUUGCUGGGGUAACAGAGCGCAGGUGAGUGUGUGUUGCGUCAGAAAGUGGGGAGACUGGGUCACGAAUAAAGA